AUGAGCGAUAGCCACAACACCCUGAGGCUUCCCACCCCUGGGAACAACAGCGACGCCGAGCUCGCCUCGCGCGAGUUUCACUUCCCGUAUCCCGAAGCGUACUCGAUACAGCUCGAUUUGAUGCGACAGGUGUUUUCCACCAUCGAGGAAGGCAAAGUGGGCCUGUUCGAGAGCCCGACAGGGACAGGUAAAUCACUCUCGCUCAUUUGUGCGGCGUUCACAUGGCUCAGGCAGAACGCACAGAGACAUGCCAAGGCAGGCAGCAGCGCCAAGAUCGGUGACAGUCGCCGAACGAGUCAAGGCGCAAACUCGCAACAGGAGCCCGACUGGGUCAUCCAGCACGAGCUGGAGCGCAACAGGAAAGAGCACCACGCGUACGAACUCGACCUCAGAGAUCGCAUCGCUGCUGCUCGUGCGAAGCAAGCUGUACUCAAGCGAAGUCAUCGAGACGGUCUGCUGGAUGCCGGAGCGAGGGCGGCAAAACGGCACCGCAGCUCAACCAACGUCAACAAUAACGACAGCCAAGACUCGGAUGACGAUCUCCUCAUCGACGAGGACGAAGGAGCUCAAGGCGCCCGAGCACUUCAGAUGGCUAGCUAUUCUAAAUCAGCCUUGUCCGGAAAGUCGGCUGACCUCGACUCGAACCUUUCACUUGCAGUUCGCGCACUUAUGCAACAAUACGAACAAGCGCACAGUCGCGCAAAUGAGGACGAAGACGAGCCGGAAACUCUGCCUCGCGUCAUCUACGCUAGUCGGACGCAUUCGCAGCUCUCGCAGUUCGUCGCCGAGCUCCAAAAAACUUCAUUUGGUCAAGUCGACAUCUUGGAUCCCGAGAAGCUACCUAUCCGCACCAUCGGACUUGGAAGCCGCAAGCAGAUGUGCAUCAACGAAGAGGUGCAGCGCAUUGGCAGAAACAGAGGCUCCGAGGCAAUGAACGAACGAUGCCUCGAGCUCAUGAAGGGCAAAAAGGGCAAAACGAAGUGUUCCUCUUUGCCGCCCUUUGAUGAGAUCGGACGUGCUCAGGUGCUCGAGUUCCGCGACGCUGCUAUGGCCGAAGUUGGGGAUAUCGAGGACCUCGUCCAACUCGGCAAACAGACCAAGACGUGUCCCUAUUUCGCUGCGCGCAGCAGCGCAAAGCAAGCCGAGCUUGUCACGCUACCGUACAAUCUGCUGCUUCAAAAGGACGCGCGCAACGCCCUCGGCAUCAGCCUCGAAGGUUGCAUCUUGCUGAUCGACGAGGCACAUAACCUUAUCGACACGAUCCUCUCGACCCACUCGGUGACCGUAGAUUCGCGACAGAUUGCGCAAGCGUCCAAGCAGAUUGACACCUAUCUCGAUCGAUUUGCUCUCCAGCUCAAAGGUACCAACGAGCAGAACCUUCGCAAGGUGCGCAAGUUGUUAUCGAGCAUGUCGACGUACUUUUCGAACCAGGCUGCUAAACGCAAAGCGAAUAUGGAGGUGGUCAUGUCCGCGGCAGACUUGGUCAGGGGCUUGACUGGUAAUCUGGAUCAGAUCAACCUCCUGACGCUCGAGACCUGGCUGAAGGAGACACAAAUCGCAAGAAAGAUCAGUGGCUAUGCGGAUAAGCACAAGAAGGAGACAGUUGAGCGGUCGACAGCGACCGAGCAGCAACGUAACAGAACUCAAAACAGAAGCAAGGGCAGACUACCGUCACAAAGGAUGGUCACAAACGGCAGUGCGGAUGCAGCGCCUUCCACGACGAGUCAAAGCGCCAUUUCCAGCAUGCACGCCAUCGAGUCGUUCAUCCUUUCGCUCGCCAACCGCUCAGAAGACGGUCGGGUGGUGCUCAGUAGCGCUACGGACAGCUCUACCGGUGAGACCAUCGUGCGGGCCAAAUAUCAGCUGCUGAAUCCUUCGCACGUCUUCAAGUCGCUGGUAGAUGAAGCGCGAUCUGUGAUUCUUGCGGGAGGAACCAUGGAGCCCAUGUCGGACUUUCGCCAACAGCUGCUUCCCUUUGUACCUCCAGAUCGACUGGUCACCUUUUCAUGUGGCCACGUCAUACCCCCUUCCAACUUGAUGGUCUCCGUGCUAUCCGCGAGUCCAAAAGGCCUCCCCUUCGAAUUCAAGUUCGACACCCGCGACAACACGGACCUCAUCAACGAACUUGGCCGCACGCUCGCCAAUCUGUGCAACAUUAUCCCCGCUGGCCUGGUCGUCUUUGUACCUUCGUACGCGUUUCUGGAUAAAGUUAUGGCACGGUGGAAGGAUGCCGCGUCAGGAGGGGUGCUGCAGAGGUUGAGUGCCAAAAAGAAGAUCUUCACCGAGCCGAAGACCACAAUGGAGGUGGACAAGGUGCUGGGCGAGUACACGGCUGCUAUCCGAGCGAAAGAUGCAAUUACGGGUGCGUCGAGUGCUGGUGCUAUCAUGUUUGCGGUGGUCGGAGCUAAGCUGUCCGAGGGGAUCAACUUUUCGGAUGAUCUGGCCAGAGGCGUCGUCAUGGUCGGCAUGCCAUUUGCCAACAUGCACAGUCCCGAGCUGGCAGAACGGAUGAAGUAUGUACGCGAACUCGGUGCAAAGAGCGACUCGACCGGGACAGGCGCUUCGACAAGCAAAACAAUCGAUCCGGGCCACGAGCUAUACACCAACCUCUGCAUGAAGGCGGUCAACCAAUCCAUCGGUAGAGCAGUACGCCACAAAAAUGACUAUGCAGCGCUGAUCCUUCUCGAUCGAAGCCUGCCUAUAGCACAACGACGUGAGACAGACAGGAAAUUCGAGAGCGUGCCGAACAAGCUGGCGAAUUGA